CUCUGGUUGGGGGACUGUCGAUGCAGAUGCAGGCUCAGAGUCUGCAGCUUCAUAAUAAUAUUGAGUUGGUAGGAGGAGCGCGAGCUGUGAUCAUCGCGUAUAUAUGUGUAAAUCAUAUUUUAUAUUUCUGUUGUUCUUUCCCUGUUCUAUUUCUAUUUAAUAACGCGCAGUUGUUACUGGAGUCUUUGGCAAACUGCCCAGUGUGUGCGUGGGAUACGAAGCUGAUAAUAGCCUAAAUAACCACUGUGGAAUAUCAGGAGAAGAAGCAAGCAGGAGGAAUUACUCCAGGAGAAACUACAGACAUACUAUUGUAAAGAUGGAGAUUAAGGAAGAACCCUGCAGAAUAAAAGAUGAAGAUACAGAGGAACAAAUAGACCUGAUCGAAGUGAAUGAAGACAAACAGCAUCUUUUUCUCACAAAUGAAGAUGGAAAUGCAGUCGUUUCAAAGACUGAAAAAAGUUUCAAGCAAGCUGAAAAAUGUGGAGUCGAAAGAUCUUUAACUUGUUCUGAGUGCGGAAAGAGUUUCCUAUCUAAAUCAAACCUGAACACACACAUUAAGAUUCACACUGGAGAAAAGCCUUAUACAUGCACUCAGUGUGGAAAGAGUUACAGACAUAAUGGACACCUAAAUGAUCACAUGAGGAUUCACAGUGGAGAAAAGCCUUAUACAUGCACUCAGUGUGGAAAGAGUUUCAGUCGCAAAAAUAAUCUCAACACUCAUCUGCACCGUCACGCUGGAGUGAGAUCAUUCAGCUGUGAUCAGUGUGAUCAUACAUUUGUUGUGAAAUCAAGCUUAAGAAGACACCUUAAAACUCAUACUGAUGUGAAGCCUCACUUUUGCUCUGUUUGUGGAAAGAGUUUUUCACAACUUGAAUCUUUAAAACUACAUGAGCGUAUUCAUACUGGUAUGAGACCUUAUAUGUGCUUUGACUGUGGAAAGAGCUUUAUUCUUUCCAGCAACUUAAAAAGACACCAGAGAGUUCACACUGGAGAGAAACCGUACAAGUGUUCACACUGUGGAAAGAGUUUCUCUCAGUCAGGAAACCUGAAAGAUCAUGAGAGAGUUCAUACUGGAGAGAAACCGCACCAGUGCUCUUCAUGUGGGAAAAGUUUCAGCCUAUUAUCUAAUCUACAACGACAUAAGAAAAAACUUUGCCUGAAAGUGUUUAAGUGAGCAAUGUUCAGAUCCAUGACUUGAUUUGGUAUUCAGAUUAAGCAAAAGAUGGAAUUACCUUAAACAUAGUAAGUUAAUUAAAAAUUAGGAGAAAGGUUUUUUUUUUUUGCAUUGUAAGUGUAGCACGUGUUGUUCUUCGCGACACCUGUAUUGAUCCUCUGUUUUGUUGCACAUGUGCAGUAAACCCUGAGUGUCACUGUAUACAAAAUGAACUGAACAGUAAAGCAACAAUGUGAAAA